GUCUUCUCAAUCCAGACAAACCAAUUGUGAAGCAUAUGCCGCGCCGUUUACUUUGACAGGAAUUUAUGUUUUCGUUUCAGAGAAAAUUUCGUUGUGAACGGCGGAUCAGACAGGUUAAUAUUGUCUUAUUCCUCCAAUGCCCUUUGCAUCUGAAAACAGGUUUUUUCUACUGAGAAAGGAUAGAGUGUUUUACCCGUAAACGAGUCAUGCAUGGGCAUUGAAAAAGGAGCAAGCUUUCAUGGUCUUUUUGAUGAGAUAGAGCAAGUGUUGGAAGUCCUUGCAGGACCAAUCCUGUAAAAAACUGAAAAGGUCAAAGCUUAAUAGACAAGAAAGCCUCUAUGCAAACCCUUGUCAAAGUCCCCUCAACCCAGUCUAAACUCAGCUCUCCUGCCCUCUACCACUCUGUUGUAUGCCUCAUCUCACUCUGUAAUAAAAAGAAAUAUGAAUAAUAAUGGGGAGAUGGGUCUGAUCGGAGGGACCUUUGAUGAAGCUUUUUUUGGAAGAGAUGGGGAUGACGGUUUUGAUGGCGCGUCUGAAGAGGAUCGAGAGGCUGAGGAGCCGCCCAAAAAGAAAAGAUAUCACAGGCACACGACUCGGCAGAUUCAAGAGCUUGAGGCUUUCUUCAAGGAGUACCCCCAUCCUGAUGAAAAACAAAGGUCGGAACUAAGUCGCAGACUUGGCUUAGAGUCUAGACAAAUCAAGUUUUGGUUCCAGAACAGGCGAACACAGAUGAAGAUGCAAAUGGAACGGCAUGAGAAUGUUAUGUUGAAGCAAGAAAAUGAGAAGCUUCAAAUUGAGAAUAAUAAUUUACGAGUCAUGGAUCCAAUAUGCAAAAAUUGUGGUAGGGUAGCCUUGCCUGGUGAGGUAUGCUUUGAUGAGCAGAACCAGCUAAAGAUUGAGAAUGCUCGGUUAAGGGAAGAAUUACGCCGGCUUUCGUCUCUGACAAGCAAGUUCUUUGUCAAGCCACUCACACCAUCUGAUAAUCCCCUAUCCACGAGCUCUAAUUUGGAGCUCGUUGUUGGAAGAAAUGAAUUUUGUGAUUUAGGCAAUGUUGGUACAACAAUGCCAAUGUCAAUGGGACUUGGAUUGGGAGAUGGAAUUUCGAGCACUUCACCUGUAGUUCCUUUGGUGAAACCUGAAUUGAGUUUGAGUAAGACUGAGAUGCAAGUUGAUAGAUCUAUGCUUGUAAAUCUUGCUUUGGUAGCUAUGGAUGAAUUGAUCAAGUUGGCUCAGCCAGAUAGUUCUCUUGGGGUCAAAAGGUUGAAUGGAGAGAAUGAUAUGCUGAACCAUUUGGCGUAUAAGAGGACUUUUCGGCCUUGCAUUGGCAUGAAGCCCACUGGCUUUGUAAGUGAGGCUACAAGGGAAACUGAUGUGGUCAUCAUCGACAGCUUGGCUCUCGUAGAGACAUUGAUGGAUGAUAAUCGGUGGGUAGAAAUGUUUCCGAGCAUAAUAGCUAGGGCCACCACUGUUGAUGUGAUAUCAACUGGUCUGAAUGGAACCAAAAAUGGUGCACUACAAGUGAUGCAUGCAGAGUUUCAGGUUCUCUCACCCUUGGUCCCAAUACGUCCAAUCAAGUUUCUCCGGUUUUGCAAGCAGCAUGCUGAGGGUGUAUGGGCUGUGGUAGAUGUCUCUAUUGAUGCGGGCUGUGAAGGUUCAAAUCCAAAUACUUGUCGGCGGCUUCCUUCUGGUUGUCUUGUACGAGAUGUGGGAAAUGGUUGCUCUAAGGUAACAUUUGUUGAGCAUUCUGAGUACGAUGAGAAUUAUGUUCACCGGCUCUUCCAGCCAUAUGUUAAUUCUGGCAUGGCCUUUGGAGCAAGAAGGUUGCUUGUGUCCCUACAAAGGCAAUGCGAGUCUUUGACUGUCCUUGUGUCCUCUAAUAUAUCUGCCAAGGACCAAUCAGGGAUAACUCCAAGUGGCAAGAAGAACAUGAUAAGGUUGGCACAGCGGAUGAUUGAUGACUUCUGCAAUGCUAUUUGUGCUUCAAGUGUGCGUAAGUGGGACAAGCUCCAUGCAGGUGAUGUGGGUGAAGACGUGAGGGUAUUGACUAGAAGGAGUAUGAAUGACCCUGGGGAACCAGCCGGUGUUCUGUUGAGUGCGGCAAUAUGUGUUUGGCUGCCAGUGGCUCGGGAUAAACUGUUUGAUUUCUUGCGAGAUGAACAAUUGAGGAGCGAGUGGGACAUUUUAUCCCAUGGUGGGCCAAUGCAUGAGAUGCUUCAGAUUGCUAAGAGCCGGAACGGUCGCAACUGUGUUCAUCUCCUUCGUGCCAGUGCUAUUGAUGUUGAUGUGACUGGGAAGAGCAUGCUAAUCUUGCAAGAAACAUGGCAUGACAACUCAGGCUCAAUGGUAGUGUAUGCACCAGUUGAGUUGCCUUCAGUAGCCGAAGUGAUGAAUGGCGGGGAUCCUGGUUAUGUGGCCCUCUUGCCUUCAGGGUUCGCUAUUUUGCCGGGCUUUCCGUCCGGUCAUGGAGGAUCACACAAUCAUAAUGGGAUGUUGGGCAAUGGCGAUAUUAGUUAUGGUGAGGAUGCAGUUGGGUCCUUCCUUACAGUCGGAUUCCAAAUUUUGGUGAAUAAGAUUCCAACUGCUAAGCUGACACUGGAGUCAGUUCAGACCGUCAAUACUCUCAUCUCUUGCACAAUUCAGAAGAUCAAAACUGCCCUUCAAUUAGCAUAGAUGCAGGUGAUUGGCAACCUUUUCUAUUUUGUAAAAAGAACGUACUAUAUACAAUAUUUAUAGCAGGAAAAAUGGGAAUGAAAUGAAGAGAGCCAGAAAAGU